GGCAGUGGAGGAAAGGGGGCAGAGGAGAGACGCCAGCUCCGUAUUUUAGGAAACAGGCAAUGAAUUUUGCAUUCUAGCUUUGAGGAUCGGGAUUCUUCCUUCCAGAUUCAGGACGAUAAAUUUCCGCCCAAUCCUUAUUCAUCCCCGCCCCCAACUUCCAAGUUCCAUAGCAGUCAAUAAUUUUUAGAUUUUAUUUCGAUUUUGAUUUUUGUAUGCGAGCAUCCGAGUCCGGAGAACAGAUUUUGGUAUCUGGGCUGAAAGCGUAGUUCGCUGAUAUGGCGAUGAGUGAGCGCAAGACCAUCGACCUAGAACAAGGAUGGGACUUUAUGCAGAAAGGCAUCACGAAGCUGAAGAACAUUCUAGAAGGGCUGCAAGAGCAACAAUUUAGCUCUGAGGACUACAUGAUGCUAUACACGACUAUCUAUAAUAUGUGUACUCAAAAGCCUCCUCACGAUUAUUCCCAACAACUCUAUGACAAGUACAGGGAGUCUUUUGAAGAGUAUAUAUUAUCAACGGUUCUGCCUGCCUUGAGAGAAAAACAUGACGAAUUCAUGUUGAGAGAACUUGUAAAGAGAUGGGCAAACCACAAAAUUAUGGUUAGAUGGCUGUCUCGUUUCUUUCACUAUCUAGAUCGGUAUUUCAUUGCUCGGAGGUCACUUCCACCCCUUAAUGUAGUUGGAUUGACUUGCUUCCGUGAGCUGGUCUACAAGGAAAUAAAUGGGAAAGUGAGGGAUGCAGUCAUUUCUCUUAUUGAUCAAGAACGUGAGGGAGAGCAGAUUGAUCGAGCUCUAUUAAAGAAUGUCUUAGAUAUAUUUGUUGAGAUUGGUAUGGGGCAAAUGGAUUGCUAUGAGAAUGAUUUUGAAGCAGCUAUGCUGAAAGACACUUCUUCCUAUUAUUCCCGGAAGGCUUCAAACUGGAUCUUAGAAGAUUCUUGCCCUGAUUAUAUGCUGAAGGCUGAGGAAUGCUUGAAACGGGAGAAAGAUAGGGUUGCUCAUUACUUACAUUCUAGUAGUGAGCCAAAGUUACUUGAGAAAGUUCAACAUGAGCUGUUAUCUGUGUAUGCAAACCAACUCCUUGAAAAGGAGCACUCUGGAUGUCAUGCUUUACUUAGAGAUGACAAGGUUGAGGAUUUGUCAAGGAUGUUUAGACUCUUCUCUAAAAUUCCUCGAGGCUUGGAUCCUGUAUCUGGUAUAUUUAAGCAGCAUGUUACCACUGAAGGCAUGGCUUUGGUAAAGCUGGCUGAAGAUGCAGCUAGUAACAAGAAGGCAGAGAAACGGGAUACUGUAGGUUUGCAGGAACAGAUGUUUGUUCGGAAAGUGAUUGAGCUGCAUGACAAAUACUUGGCGUAUGUGAAUGAGUGCUUCCAAAACCAUACCCUUUUCCACAAGGCACUUAAGGAAGCUUUUGAGGUGUUCUGUAACAAGGGUGUGGCUGGAGGUUCUAGUGCAGAACUGCUUGCCACAUUUUGUGACAAUAUUCUCAAGAAAGGUGGAAGCGAGAAGUUGAGUGAUGAAGCGAUUGAGGAAACACUUGAAAAGGUAGUCAAGCUGCUUGCCUAUAUCAGUGACAAAGACUUGUUCGCAGAAUUCUAUAGGAAGAAGCUUGCACGGAGGCUUCUUUUUGACAAAAGUGCCAAUGAUGAUCAUGAGAGAAGCAUUUUGACAAAGUUGAAGCAACAAUGUGGUGGUCAGUUUACAUCGAAGAUGGAAGGAAUGGUUACGGAUCUGACACUAGCAAAGGAAAAUCAAGCCAGCUUUGAAGAGUAUUUGAGCAAUAAUCCAAAUGCAGAUCCAGGAAUUGACUUGACGGUUACAGUUCUGACAACGGGCUUCUGGCCUAGCUACAAAUCUUUUGACCUCAAUCUUCCAGCUGAAAUGAUAAGAUGCGUUGAAGUUUUUAAGGACUUUUAUCAAACAAAAACAAAGCACCGAAAACUCACAUGGAUUUACUCAUUGGGUACCUGUAACAUCAGUGGCAAAUUUGAACCAAAGACUAUGGAGCUGAUCGUUACAACCUACCAGGCUUCUGCAUUGCUGCUUUUCAAUUCCUCAGAUAGAUUGAGUUAUUCGGAGAUUAUGACUCAAUUGAAUUUGUCGGAUGAUGAUGUUACUAGACUACUCCACUCGUUGUCCUGUGCUAAGUACAAGAUCCUUAACAAGGAACCAAACACAAAAUCAAUAACUUCUACUGAUUAUUUUGAAUUCAAUUCAAAAUUUACUGACAAAAUGAGGAGAAUCAAGAUUCCUCUUCCUCCUGUGGAUGAGAAGAAAAAAGUAAUUGAGGAUGUAGACAAGGAUCGAAGAUAUGCCAUUGAUGCCUCAAUUGUACGAAUCAUGAAAAGUCGGAAAGUUUUGGGUUAUCAACAGUUAGUUAUGGAGUGUGUUGAACAGUUGGGUCGCAUGUUCAAGCCCGAUGUGAAGGCAAUUAAAAAGAGAAUUGAAGACUUGAUCUCUCGAGACUACUUGGAAAGAGACAAAGAUAAUGCAAAUUUAUUCAGGUACUUGGCAUGAUUUUGGUCAUGAUGAUUGUUCCAACUGAGUGGGGACUGCUUGCCACAAUUAGCAAGGAGAGGAUCGUGUCUAGGCAUCAUUGAUGAAUUGGGUCUCUCUUGAGUGGCUUGAUGAUGGGAUCACCAUGCCCAACCCAGGUAUGGACUGCUGUGGAUUUGUGCUCCUCUUGUAGUAUACUCGUCCAGCACACCACCAGGAGCUUCUACCCUUUUAUUUUGAUAUUUUGUCGCAAUUCCAUCUUUUGACAUAGUCGAUCCUUUUGUUAGUUAUAUCUCACCUCCCCCAGAAGAAAAUAGGAAUUGUGUAUGAGUGUAUCUGUAGUUCCAUUCCUGCGAAAUUGUAUUUUGCUUGUCAGUUGGGAAACUAUGAAGUGAAUGGCCUGCCUUCUGAAUCCAAAUCCUGCAGUUAUGUGGUGCUUUGCUUUAAUUGCUCACAAUCAUCUUUUACUACAGCAUCUAAGGUCAAAGGUAAUAGUAUCCGACCCUAGCUACAUGAGAAAACCUCUUCUGUUGCUUCUGUUGCAUCAAGGAUUCAUUGGCUU